CCAUGCUGGUAACAGCCAUAGCAGCGCCGCAGCCAACAUAUUCCACUUCUUCAACUUCUUCAACAUGCCAGCUAAUGAUAGUAAGUCUUCUCGGUGGUCCAUUGCUGAGGUGCAGAGGCUUCUGUGUCUUGUGGCCGAGGAGAAAUUUCAAAAAGAGCUUGACGGCGCCACCCGAAAUGAAGAGGUUUACAAGGAGGUCGCCAAGUUGAUGGAAGACCAUGCAGACUACAGGUCGUACGUGCAGUGUCGAGAUAAGCUUAAAAAGCUUAAGAGCGACUACAAGGCCAUUAAGGACCAGAACGGCAGGAGUGGGUCGAACCGCAAAACAUGGAAGUGGUACGACCAAAUGAACACCGGGCACAGACCGGCGAACAACGGGAGGGAGAGUGGCAUCGACUCGGCCAUGGGUUUGUUGGAGGAAAUUGAUAAUGAUGACUUCCUUUGUACAACCGAAGAAGGCGGGUUGGUUAACAUCGACAGUGAUGAACCCCCAGCAGCAGCUUCAACACCGCCACCCACGCCCACAGACCCACCUUCUCCAACGUCCAGCACCACUGACAAGCGAAAAAGGAGCCCGUCUCAACAGGAGCACUCAGCUCAGGUGACGGACUGUCAAGGAGAAAUGCACGCUGAUGACAUCGCCCAACAGGAUGGGACCCGGGCUCAAUGAUGCCCGAGAAGCGAGGGAGCAGGAAUUGAGAAGAGAGGAGGCGGCACAGACUGCUGAGUUCCACAGAUCAUUCCUUGGUGUGUUCGGCCAGCUUGUGGAGGCAAUGCGUGACCGACGUGUGUGAACCACUCCCCCAGCCCCAGGGCUGGACCCUCUAAAGUCAAGUUUAUAUACAGGUGCUGGUCAUAUUAUUAGAAUAUCAUGAAAAAGUUGAUUUAUUUCAUUAAUUCCAUUUAGAAAGUCAAACCUGUAGAAUGUAUACAUUCAUUCCAAA